UUCACAUAACACAGAAGUAUCUAAUACUCACUUGACUUGAUGGCGAACCUCGGGCGUUACGUAGACAGAAGUCCUGGCUUGCGGGCUGCAGGAUUGGCAUCGACGGUGGAAUUUAAUGGUGCCAAGGAUUCUCUGUUCGUCGUGAGCUUGGAGGAGGAGGCGGAGAACCGUAUAAGGGCUCUAUGUCGUAAAAGCCUGCCCAAGCCAGCCAAACGAACUCCGAAGCUUCCUACCAAUCAAAUGGGAGACCUUCUCAACAAUCAGAACCAAGGACUUUUUGCCGAGUUCCAGAACAGAUUUCGCGAGAAUAUGUUCAUUAAAAAGCCGGCUUUGGGCCAGGCCACGGAAGCGAACUCAAAGCCGAGCUACGUGACCAAUUUGAGCCAUACGUUUGGUAAAGUCACCAAUUCGAAUUACACAGAUUCCCUGUACUCCAUUAUUUUGCCACCAAAACCUGCCGAGCAGGUCAAUCGAGAGUAUGCCGAAUUCCACGAUAAACAUAUCAUCAGCCAUAAUCACUACUUUCCCGCUGAGCAGAUUAAUCGACGAUACUCGCAGCCCUUUAAUCGAUUUAAUACCUUCGGCUUGCCACCUGCCCUUGAUCCUUCCGGCAUCAAGGUAAAACGCUGUUUGGAGGAGGGUGAGGAGCACUUAAAAAUAGUCAAGAAACCUCAAAAGGACCUCGACGAUCGCACCAAAGGACCAUUGGGCAAGAAGUAUUCGUGGUACCCCUACGAGAUACCAGAGAAUAUGACCUUUGGUCGCACGCUGCCUCGUGAAACCGAUGUGCGAUCUCUGCUAGAAUACACCUCGCCCUCAGUGAAGUCCGAGAAAUUGGCCAGUGCCGUAAGUCACCUGAACAUGCUGCGCAAAUUGCUCCAGGAGCGGGACGACUUCAAUAUGAACCAGGUGAUCGUGGCUCUUGGAAAAAGGGAUAAGGAGGGCAAUCGUCAGCUGCCACUCAACGAGAUUAUCAAGGUGUUGCACAAGCUAAGUAUUCCCGCAGAUGCGGAGAAGAUCCGCAACGCAGUGUCCCACUUUCAAUUGUUCGUGGACGAGGGAUGCUGCUCGGAAAGGGUGAAAUACGAGGAGUUAUGUGAUCUCCUGUCCAUCCUGAAGUCCCUGCCCUUGAUUGGAUCCAUUUCACCCAUGCCGAAGGCGAUCUACAACCAGGAUACCGUCUAUCGCCAGUUGUGUGCAGAUUUGAUGAAAAAACCCCCAGAGGCUCCGCACUUCAAACAUCCACACAAGACGCCCAUUCAACAUGACAUUGAUGACACGCGUGUCGGCGACGUAAUAAACCCGGAGGUUUCUACUUUAUGUGGCCUAUGGCCAAGUGAUUUCAAGGCAUUGCGUAGCAAGGAUGAAAUAGAACGAAUAUUCAAAGACAUCGUCCCGAACGAAGGCUUUCAAGCAAUCUGGCUGAGUCUAAUGGAUGAGCAGAAGGAUCAAAAUGAAAUGGCAUCCGUUGCACAAUUCCGUGCUCAGAUGAAGAAGUCCACUCAAUGAUUCCGAUUACUUUCAUUUAUAUUUUUAGAAGUGAUUUCUACACAUAGGUAGGUACAAACACAAUAUAUU